CGCGCCAUUUGUCAAGGUUUUUUGCAGGCGACAGUUGGGCGGCCCCGGUUUUCAGGGGUGCACAUGUACGUGUGCAGUGCCGUGUGGGUUAGUUGCACUCUCUCUCAUGUGAUAUAGCGGCGAGUGUGUGCUUGUCCGUCCCCCUAUCUUUUGUACGUCCAUUCAUUCAUUCGUCGCGCGCCGUUCUGCGAGUUUCCAGGUCGCAUGGUUUGCACCGAGCUUGUCAUUUUCCCAGGUGUGAAGGUGUGGUGGUGCGUGCGGGCAUGACAACAUGGAGGGUUUGACUAGAAGUUCGGUGUACGCCGGCGAAGGCGGCCAUGCCCUGGUGAACGGGGCCCGGCUUGGAUACCUCUACGUCGGUGGAAAACAGAUGUUCGCUCUCUCCGAAGUCUUCACCACGCUGUUGGGCAAUAUCCCGCGAACGACCGUACACAAACGGAUGGACUACCUCAGCGUGGACAAACACCCGUGCACGCUGGACGAACUGAGAAAACUCAAGUCCCUGAACGCGAUCGCCUUCCACUCUGCAAAAUGCACACUCAUUUCACGACAAGACGUGGAAGCGCUAUGCAAUUCCUGCGAAACCGAACCGACCUUGAAGACUAAAAGAAGAAGAAAGAAAAACACCGAUGGGGGUUGUGAUAAGAUAAAGAAAGACUUGAUGAAAAAGAAGAAUGGCGAGAGAGUGGGAGAGAUUUCUAAGGCAAAAGGCCGCGCAUGGGAAGGUGUCAGCGCUAAUCACCAGAAAAACAAGAUCGUGUCGUCAGCGAGUCAGUACUGUGGCGCUCCCACUCACGACUCCCAGCGUCGGCCAACUUUAUCUGCCGAUUUACCUCAGAAAUCACACGUCCACGGCACCAAGUGGAUCAGGAAUGACUCACCGAGGUUCGGAGAGUAUGGUAGCUUCGCCAAGAAUGAGAAUUUCUGGAGCUUCACGGAGUACCACGCACUUUCCGGAAACGUGCAAAAUCGGACUCAAAUGCCGAACGGCUUUGGCGCCACGCGAGUUCUCAAUCAGCAAAUUGUAAACAGCGUCUCUCUCUUCGGAAAGUCGCAAAAACAGAAAGUCUGCAACGAAGUGUUCGAGAAACAGACUGGAGAGUGUAGUGAGAAAGUUUUGCCAGGAUUUGGGGGUCUUUCUGAGAAGGGGAAUUCUAACGCGCAGUCGUGUUUUUCGGAGUCGCCAGUGAAGCAGCCGAGGCCGCCGUGCGGCUUGUUUGGGGCGGAUAGCGUCAUUUCACAAUCCGGCAGCUUCGGGCUGAAUAAACCCAGAAACUCUGUCAAAAAUUCCUUCAGUUCUGGCCAAACGGUGAACGGAACGAACGAUCCGACUUUCAAGAAGCCUGGAGAGCCUGUCGUGAGUUCGUCGUGCGACAAACAGGCGCGAGAAGACCCGCAGACGACAGAUGGGGAACUUCGCGAUUUAAAUGGGUUUCAGUUGAAUCAGGGUGUAAACAAGAACCAUGGUCUUUUCGGGAGCGCGGAGAAACUUGGCAAGAAACUUCGGUUUGAAGGAAGUUCGCUGGAUUUUAUGACAAGGACUGGAUCGAAGACAACCUUUGGUUCAUCCUAUUGUUAUGGGAAGACUUUUGCGCAGGGGCUGAAAGAAACCGCGACAGAGAAAAACUCGGAAGUUCGUUUUGUGAACGGGUUUCAGUUCAAAGAACAUGGCGUCCGCAUCCAACAUGGCGGCCCGCUGGACAACAGUUCGGACUCUGAAAGUUCCUGCCACUCCCUGCUCGACAUCGACUCAAACCUCAGUGCUAUGUCAAGUCUCUCGGCGUCUAGUGACUCUCUGAGUUCGGACACGACUUCUAGCGAGGAUUUUGAGUCGGAAAGCGAUGAUUCCAGCGAUUCCGACGUUUCGACGUCCAGUUCUGAAUCAAACGGCAGCAUUAGGUUCCGCAGACCGAAUCUUUCUCAAGAACAGAGACUUCAACAACGGCCUGCUAUCAACGACUGCCUCAAAGGCGUAGGGUUCUCUGUAGAAGGCCCUAAGAACGGGCUUCAAGUGCCUUCGACCCAGUUUUUAACAAGUUCUCCGAGCCGCGCCCCUCCCCCCAAGGCAGAAGACUCUCUCCCCUCCCCACCGACUUCGCCUCAAAGUGCCUCUCUUGUUCUCAAGAAGCAAGGGAAGAAAACUUGGGCCGUAGACUCUAUUAAAGUCUCUCCUCCUCAGGAAAAAGUCUUAGUGGAAAGGGAAGACAUCAGAGCUACUAAGGAGGAAAAGAAGACAUAUUGUACAAUGAAAUCCCCCUUGAGAAGUGGCCCCAAGCAUAGUGGCCGAGGGAGGGGGGCAUCACAGAAACAAAACAAUGAAGCUAUCAAACCUAGAGCCAAGAAAGCCAUCCUGAAUGGCUCCAAGUUUUCCCUGUCACCGAAGUCAGGAAAGGCUGCAGAUAACUUCAAGAAACUGCCGUCCAAGAGCCAAGACGUUGCUCAGAAAAAGAAAAGAAAGCUGAACAGUGAUGACAUUGUGUUUUCAGGUGUGAAGAAGAUGAGAAUGGACCAACCAGGUGACAAGAGCAAGUCUCCACAAAAAGGAGUCAAUGGUUACAUACAGAAUGCAACCUUCUCGCCAAAACUGGCUAAGAUGGCGCCGCCACUCGACGAAACAGCGAAACUGACUGAAAAUGAGCUAGCGAUUAAACUAGAAGCGAUCUCGUCAGAAAUCGACAAUCUGCGCAGGAGUAAGACCAACAAGAAAAAGUUGAAAAACAAGGUGUUGCCGAGACCUAAAGCGCAAAUACCUCAGAGAAAGUCGAACUUGAAAACAGCCAAACCAGACUUGAAACGUAGCAAGAAAGCAAGCAAAGUUUCGCCAGCCCAGAAAACAAAUCUUAACUUAUCAUCCAAGUCCUCAGAAAAGACUCAAAAGUUGUUGUCUAAAGACACAACAAAGACGGAGGAAGUUUCUGAAACUAGGGCGAAUAAAGGCAGCUACCAUUCAAUGGCUCCAGGAAGAAAGACCUUCAGCCUUCUUGCACAGUUCCCCUGGAUGCCUACAUUGACUCUCGGAGUUGACGGUGACUUGGUGCCUGCGUAUUCCAUGAGACUCGAACCCGGGACCACCAAACCCUGCAGGAAACAUCCAGCCAUCAAGUGGAAGAUGGGGGGCAAGCCUUACAGCAAACCGGGCACAGUGCACGCCAGCGAGCUUCGCAAACGCCGCGGGAGGAAGAAGAAAGCAGACGUGUCUUGAUCCCAGGUCACAAAGGUCGGGUCACGAGGUCAAGCCCUGUCAACCAGCUAGCACCCAGCCAGCAGAAACUCUUCCUCCUGGUUUCUUCACGGAUUUGUUUCCAUCCACUCUCACCUACUGAGCUGCUUCUACCAUGGAGUAUUCCUACUAAGGACUGGAACAAUACACAAGUCAAUGCGGCGAGAAUUCAUGGAUUUGUGCACAAAUUUGGGACAGAGAAUGAAUUUAGACUGUCAUUCUGGGAAGCCUAUAAGGUAAACACUGGAGCAUGUUGCUUAGUUCAUGUUUAAACUUGAUGUUUUCUUCUGCAAAAUUCUGAAACAGUUAAUCUUAGCUUCGUCCAAGGGGCUCUAACCUCCUUGUUUUGUCAGAACAGUUAACAGCAUUAUCAGAAUUAUGUUCACGUUGUUACAUGUAUGAUUGUAGUUUCUUGUUUUUUUUACCAUAGAACCAUGUUAAUGAACUGUGGUUCACUUGAUUGUUUUCCCUACAGAGCAGUAUUACAUUUUUACCACCCGAAAACCUGCCAAGCCUUUCAAAAUACUAUUAAAGCACAUGUAAACAUCAAAUUCUCGAUGCAAAUAUUCUCACAAUUGCAGGACGUGCCAAUGUUUUCCACUUUUUAGACAUUCAUGUUUUCUAACUUGGAAACUCCAAAAAAAUGGAGGAAUGUUUUGUACCCAAAUGUUUUGAUACACAGUUUUUAAGAGAAUCCGUUGAAUACCAGUCAUUGGUGCUACAUGUAUGAGGCUUGACCAGAUUUGCAUGAAGUAUUUACUCAAGCCCUAGCAGGGGUCAUCUAGGGUCACGGCAGCAUUGAAAACAGGGUUGAGCCCUUUUCUAGAACCUACCACAUCUUUGUAGACAUUUCCAUUUUUUAGAUGUUUCUAGUCACGUAGUGUUAUAGUCUUUAUGUAGAUAUUUCAAGGAACCUUUUUUAAGACAAACGAUUGUGUUGUUUAGUGAUUUGAAAAAGACAAGUGAUUUGUACAGAAAGGUAUUUUUCUGGUGUCGUUUGCAAGAAAUAAAGCCUGCUUUACAACAAUA